UCUCUAUCAGUGCUACAAGUACUAUGCAAGGUCUUGAAUGAGAGUGUACUGGUGAAAGAGAGGAUACGCGCAUCGCGGACGUAAUCACUUUGGGCAACUUGUCGUCUCUUUUCUUAUAGUUCGUUCGUGUAUUUCCUCAUCGUGAUAAGCGACUACCUUGUCCCUUAAGCAUGUCCGCAUCCCAGUCGUCGUCACUCGCCCUCACAACCUGUUCCUCGUCGCCCAAACUUCAACACGUCGCCAUCUCAAACCUUGCUGCCCCUCCGUGGGAUGGUCCGUAUCUCGACUGUGAUGUAUGAACGACUCCUUCUCCGAAAUAGACACAGCAAACGCUAGGGACGGGACGCCAAGCGUGUUACAGAUUGGCUUUGGGCGAGCGUUCCGAGUUUGUUUCUUGGAGCGGAGACUAUCGCCUAGAAUCGAGGCCGAAGCCAACCCGGCCUCAGUAUCAACCUAUAAAAGCGCUGAUUCUCCCUGACGUUCAGACUCCCCAUCAGCUGCGCUGCUCACCCAUUUCUAUUGUCUACUUUAGCCUUUUUAUUCUGGCCGGUCCAGCUCUAUCGUCUCGCCUACUCAGCCUCUCAUCGAUAGUUUCUCGCAUUCACUCCUCGCAUAAACAACAGCAUCUAUAACACAACAGUCAUGCUCGGCAAAUACCUCUUCACUGUCCUUCCUCUCUUGGCUCUCGCCGCCGCGUCUCCCGUCAAAAGGCAGAACGGCACCGCUUGUCCUGCUUUUGCUGCUCAAGACUACGCCGAUUUCCAAAUCUCAGACGGUACCGCCGGCCAAGCCCAAGCCGCUGCCAACGCCGUUUUCGUCGACCCAUUCAAUGGCUACGACCUGUCUACUGUCGAUGCUACCAGUCUCAAGAAUAUCCAGACUAUGCGCGAGGCUGCAGAAGACGCCGAAACGGACCAGUUCAACUCUGCUAUCGACGCUGCUAGCGGUGAUACCGCCGACGCCCUUUCAGCGGGCAAGAUAGCCAACAAGGUGUUGAAGCUUACGGGUGAGGUGCAAGCUCUUACGAUCCAACAAGCGCAAGGUAAAGAUACUGCGGACAAGAUUGCUGAGGAGCAGGAAAAGCUCGAUACCAACAUUGCCACCGACGAAGCAUCCUCCGGCUCCGCUAUGACUGGCGUCACUGGUGGUAGCGCCAACGCUGCUGCUAUCGCCGCUGCCAACUCGACGACGUCUGCUACGACCAAGUCGUCGUCGGCCAAGGGUAGUAGUGCCAAGUCUGCUUAAGCUUCAGACGGUUGGAAACGAUGGGGAGAUGAGGUCAGAUGAAAUGGUGGGGUAGAUAGAUGGAUCUGGUAGAUGUUUUCAUGUAUUUUCAUGAGCA